ACUGCGUCGGCUCUUUCCUUCUGGUCGAGCAGCGUGGGCUUAAGCAGUGUGUUUGGGAGCCUUAACUGAUUCAUUCUGCGAGAAUAGCGACUUCUAGCUGAUUCAGAAUGGACUCUUCUUUGAGUGCAGCCCAAAUCCGCGAGAAGUUCAUCGACUUCUUCCGCCGCUAUGAGCACCAAUACGUCCACUCGUCAUCCACCAUCCCACUGGACGACCCCACGCUGCUUUUUGCAAACGCCGGCAUGAACCAGUUCAAGCCCAUCUUCCUCAACACCAUCGAUCCGUCCCACCCGAUGGCCAGGCUCCGUCGUGCUGCUAACACCCAGAAGUGCAUACGCGCAGGUGGAAAACACAAUGAUCUGGAUGAUGUUGGUAAAGAUGUCUACCACCACACCUUCUUCGAGAUGCUGGGGUCCUGGUCCUUUGGGGACUACUUUAAGCAUCUCGCCUGUAAAAUGGCCCUGGAGCUUUUGACUCAGGAGUUUGGGAUUCCCAUCGAACGUCUGUAUGUCACGUACUUUGGCGGAAGCGCUGAGGCAGGCCUCGAGCCCGACCUGGAGUGCAAACAAAUCUGGAUUGACCUUGGGGUGGAGGAGGCUCGCAUCCUUCCAGGCAGCAUGAAGGAUAACUUCUGGGAGAUGGGAGACACGGGACCCUGUGGCCCCUGCAGCGAGAUCCACUACGACCGCAUCGGAGGAAGAGACGCCUCGCACCUGGUGAACAUGGACGACCCCAACGUCCUGGAGAUCUGGAACCUGGUGUUCAUCCAGUUCAACAGAGAGUCUGAGACGGAGUUGAAGCCUCUGCCUAAGAAGAGCAUCGACACAGGGAUGGGUCUGGAGCGACUGGUGUCAGUGCUGCAGAAUAAAAUGUCCAACUACGACACCGACCUGUUCGUCCCGUACUUCGAAGCUAUUCAGAAGGGAACAGGUGCACGUCCUUACACAGGUAAAGUGGGCGCUGAGGACGCUGAUGGCAUCGACAUGGCCUACCGUGUCCUGGCCGACCACGCUCGCACUAUCACCAUCGCCCUGUCAGACGGAGGUCGGCCCGACAACACAGGAAGAGGAUACGUGCUGAGGAGGAUCCUCCGCCGUGCGGUCCGUUAUUCUCACGAGAAGCUCGGAGCUCAGAAAGGCUUUUUUGCGUCUCUGGUGGAUGUGGUGGUUGAGUCCCUGGGCAAUGCAUUCCCAGAGUUAAAGAAAGACCCAGAAAUGGUGAAGGACGUAAUUAAUGAGGAGGAAGCGCAGUUCCUGAAAACCCUCAGCAGGGGGCGACGUAUCCUCGAUAGAAAGAUCAUGAGUCUGGGCGACAUUAAGACCAUCCCAGGUGACACAGCCUGGCUGUUGUACGACACAUACGGUUUCCCUCUGGACCUCACCUCCCUCAUCGCUGAGGAGAAGGGCAUGGUGGUGGAUCUGGCCGCCUUCGAGGACGAGAAGAAGGCAGCGCAGUUGAAGUCCCAGGGGAAAGGCGCCGGAGACGAGGACCACAUCAUGUUGGACAUCUACGCCAUCGAAGAGUUGAGAAACAAGAAGGUUCCGGCCACAGACGACUCUCCCAAAUACAAAUACACAUCGGACGACAGCGGCAGCUACGUGUUCGAACCGGCCACUGCCACCGUACUCGCCCUCCGCCGUGACCGCGCCUUCUGCGAUGAGGUCACUACGGGUCAGGAGUGUGGCGUUCUGCUCGACCAGACGACGUUCUACGCCGAGCAGGGAGGACAGACAUUCGAUGAGGGCUACAUGCUCCGAGAGGACGACAGCACAGAGGACCGGAUGGAGUUCACAGUGAAGAACACACAAGUCAGAGGAGGCUAUGUUCUCCAUGUAGGAACCGUCUACGGAACACUGAGAGUCGGAGACAAAGUCAACCUACAUGUAGACGAGGCUCGUCGCCGGCCCAUCAUGAGUAACCACACCGCCACACACAUCCUCAACUUCGCCUUAAGGGGGGUUUUGGGCGAAGCCGACCAGAGGGGCUCCCUGGUUGCACCCGAUCGUCUACGCUUCGACUUCACCGCCAAAGGCGCCCUGAGCACCGGGGACGUCCGACGCACCGAGGAGAUCGCAUGUGCAAUGAUUAAAGACGCCAAGGCCGUUUACGCCAUGGAAGCCCCUCUGGCAGAAGCCAAGGCCAUUCAGGGUCUGCGCGCCGUGUUCGAUGAGACCUACCCCGACCCGGUCCGAGUCGUCUCCAUCGGGAUCCCGGUUCAGGACCUGCUGGACGACCCAAACAGUGCUGCCGGUUCCCUGACCUCUAUUGAGUUCUGUGGAGGAACCCAUCUGCAGAACUCAGGUCAUGCUGCGCCGUUUGUCAUCGUCUCCGAGGAGGCCAUCGCUAAGGGCAUCCGCCGCAUCGUCGCCGUGACAGGAACCGAAGCCCAGAAGGCUCAGAGGAAAGCCGACGCCCUGCGACAGUCUCUUGCUGCUCUGGGAGAAAAGGUGAAACAGCAGACGGCCCCGAACAAGGACAUGCAGAAAGAGAUCGCAGACAUGACCGAGUCCAUAGGAACAGCAGUGAUCUCCCAGUGGCAGAAGGACGAGAUGAGGGAAACCCUGAAGGGCCUGAAGAAGACCAUGGACGACCUGGACCGCAACUACAAGGCCGACAUCCAGAAGAGAGUCCUGGACAAGACCCGGGAGGUGAUCGACAGCAGCCCCAACCAGACGCUGUUGGUCAUGGAGAUGGAGACCGGAGCGUCGGCAAAGGCUCUGAAUGAGUCUCUGAAGCUGCUGAAGACCAACUCUCCUCAGACCGCCGCCAUGUUGUUCACCGUGGACCCGGACGCCGGAAAGAUCACCUGCCUCUGCCAAGUCCCACAGGAUCUGGCCAACCAGGGUCUGAAGGCCAGUGAGUGGGUCCAGGAGCUGUGUCCUCUGCUGGACGGUAAAGGAGGAGGUAAAGACAUGUCUGCCCAGGCCACGGGGAGGAACACUCAGUGCAUCCAGGAGGCGCUGGAGGUGGCCACCACGUUCGCACGCCUCAAACUGGGGGAGAACUAAGACGAGGAGGAGGAGGAGGGAACAUGAGGGGGGUCCAGGUGGGAGGACAGACGCUCGCGGUGGGUUUUUUAUUCGUGCGUCACAUCCUCCUCCGUCGCUCCCUCUGCUCGUUUCUCCUCCAGGUCUGAAAUCGAACUGUGACGAUCAGCGCGAAAAAACAAAACCACUAUUUAUUAGGAAAACGUACGAUGAGUUCAAUCCAGGAAAAUUCAUGUGCGCAAACUAAACACGCUUGAAUAUUAUCAGCAGAUCCAGACGGACGCUGAGGGGUUCCUCUGGGGUCUGACCUUUAGAUUUUGCGGCUGCAUGUCUGCGUUCAGAGGGAAAGAAAAGGGACGUCCUGUCAGCGGCAGCGAACGCCUGAGCUCUAAAAUUGGUCUUUAUUCUGUGGCCGUUUCUAUUCAGUUCUUCAUCUCUUCGUCCGGGGGCGUCAAACUCAUCGUAGAUCAGGGUCUACGUUCAGACCAGUACGACCUAAAGGGGGUCAGACCAGGAAAGUAAUAACAGAAGAACCUAUAAAUACUGACAGCU